AUGACGUGCCAUUGUUUUUCAGACAGUUCCAUGGCAUCUGGGCAGUUUAGAAUCAAAGUUGUUCUCAAAGCUGUCACGCGCGGGGCGAGGCGUGGCUGCGGCCGCGGGAGCCCUCACCGCCGAGCCGGAGGAGGGCCCCCCGCGCCCACGACACCCGCGAGGGCUCCCACGGAAGGCAAAGGUGCUCGGGAAGGGCGGCCGCCGCGGGCUUCCCGAGAUCGCCGCGGGCUGUGCCAGGCCGGGCUCUUCCGGGCACCGAGUGCCCCACGGGACUGUCCCGGACUUGCCCAGGCCGUACUCGGCCCAGCGGCAGGGGACCGCGAGGUUCCAGGGCACCGGGCGCGAGCCGAGGACAGCCGCCCGCCGAGCCCCGGCCUCCCGCACCCGCGCUGCCCGGAUCCCCGAAGGCCCGGGCCCCGCCGAUCCUCCAAGGUGGUGCUCCUUCCCUCCUCCCCGUCGCCCGCGGCCCCCUACCUGGCUCCCGGGCCCGGUGCGAGCGGCGGCGGGGGUCGGGGACGGCGGCCCGCGCUGCUCCCACGCUUCCGCCGGAGUCAGGAGUUGAACAUUCCGCCUCUCCGCGCGGCGCCAAUGAGGAAGACGUCGCGGCAACAGCACCACCUACCUCCGGGCGCGGAACCGCCGGCUGCCCUGCCUCCCGGCACGCCCGGCCACACUCCCAGCGGGAAGGCCGGGGCUCGGGGUCACACAGACCCCGGGUGCUGCAUGCCCCCGCGGGACCUGAUGCUCUGGCUGGGAAGGGGACAGCAGGGAAGUCGAUUUCUAUGGAGUCAGGGUUGCAGGUGCCUCGGUUGGAACCAUCAACAGAUAGGACCCCGAGGACCUGAGUGAGAAAGUACAACACAGAAUCUUUUUUUGAAAAGGAAACUGGAAUUGAGAGACGUGUUUCAGAAAGAGGCCACAGAAAUUGGUGACCCAUUCGAUUGGGAAAGAAGAAAGAGAUGAUGCCAGGAUUUGAGACCUAGGUGACUGGAAGAAUGGCGUGUCAUUGACAGAAAUAGAAAUCUGGGAGAGGAAACUGGCUUCCUGCUGAGUUUUGAAGUCAUGAGAGGAAAAACAGGUAGAGAUGAAACAAGAAACAGAAAUCAGAAGAGAGGCCAAAGGAGAAAUAGAAAUCUUGAAAACUGUUCAUAUAUGUUUAGCAUAUGAAUUUGGAAGGGUGGGUAGAUAUAAAUUAAUAAUUUUAAAAGCCCUCCUGGUCUGUUAUUACAAGGGCUGAGGAUUUUAGAUUAAUAAAUUACAUCUAGGUAACCGAGAAGACUGAAGAAAACUAUCACACUAAAAAAAAUUUCUGCUGUAGGUGAUCAAACAAUUGUAUAAGCUGCCUGUCUACUCAAAAAACGGGUGAAGGGCUCCUCAGGGCGCUGUGAGCAGGAAGAGACGUGUCACCAUACCUUAGCUGUAUUAAAGGUGCUGGCAGUCA